GCGCGGCCGCAUAAAGGGCCCCGCGCAGGGCCCGGCCCCGCAUCGGCCCCGCACCGCCGCACGGAACGGAACGGAACGGACCGGCCUGCAGUUCAAGAUGUCUAAAAAAAUCCAUGGAGGCUCCGUUGUGGAGAUGCAAGGAGAUGAAAUGACACGGGUCAUCUGGGAACUGAUUAAAGAAAAGCUGAUUUUUCCUUAUGUAGAUCUGGAUUUGCACAGCUAUGACUUGGGCAUUGAGCAUCGUGAUGCUACAAGUGAUAAAGUAACUAUGGAAGCUGCUGAAGCCAUAAAGAAAUACAACGUUGGCAUAAAGUGUGCAACUAUCACUCCUGAUGAGAAGAGAGUGGAGGAGUUCAAGUUGAAGCAGAUGUGGAAGUCUCCCAAUGGCACAAUUAGAAACAUCCUAGGUGGCACUGUCUUCAGAGAGGCUAUUAUCUGCAAGAACAUUCCCCGGCUGGUGUCUGGAUGGGUGAAACCCAUUGUCAUCGGCCGUCACGCUUAUGGGGAUCAAUACAGAGCAACCGAUUUUGUGGUACCUGGGCCUGGAAAAGUAGAGAUGACCUACACUCCCACAGAUGGAGGCAAACCAGUCACAUAUCUGGUCCAUAACUUUGAAAGCUGUGGUGGUGUAGCCAUGGGAAUGUACAAUCUUGACCAGUCUAUCAAGGAUUUUGCCCACAGUUCCUUCCAAAUGGCACUGUCUAAAGGCUGGCCCCUCUACAUGAGCACCAAAAACACCAUUCUGAAGAGAUAUGAUGGCCGCUUCAAAGACAUCUUCCAAGACAUCUAUGACAGAGAAUACAAGUCCCAGUUUGAAGCCAAAAAGAUCUGGUACGAGCACAGGCUCAUUGAUGACAUGGUUGCUCAGGCCCUGAAAUCUGAAGGAGGCUUUGUCUGGGCCUGCAAGAACUAUGAUGGGGAUGUGCAGUCUGACUCUGUUGCACAAGGCUAUGGCUCUCUGGGGAUGAUGACCAGCGUGCUGAUCUGCCCUGAUGGCAAGACUGUUGAAGCAGAAGCUGCUCACGGGACAGUUACUCGUCACUACCGCAUGCACCAGAAAGGCCAGGAAACCUCCACUAACCCCAUUGCCUCCAUCUUCGCAUGGACAAGAGGCCUCGCUCACAGAGCUAAGCUGGACAACAACACUAGCCUCAGGAACUUUGCAGUUGCCCUGGAAGAAGUUUGCAUUGAGACUAUUGAAUCUGGCUUCAUGACAAAGGACCUUGCUGCCUGCAUCAAAGGCCUGCCUAAUGUCACACGCUCUGAUUACCUGAACACCUUUGAGUUCAUGGACAAGCUUGCUGAAAACUUGAAGCAGAAGCUGGCCUCUAUGCCCAGAGCUUAAGGCAUGGGUUACACUCAAGCUCCCCUAACAAAAUGUCUCCCACUUACAUCAAAGUGUAAGUGGCAUUGUCUCAAGCUUUGUUGUGCUUCUUUUAGGCUGUUCUUCAACUUUGGCCAUCUGGUAUUAUCACACUGACCAUCAUGUGUUAUCACACUGGCAUUUCCUAUCAGAAUAAUUUCUUUGCCCAGUUACUCAUUUUUCUCUUGAUUUUCUGUCUGAUCACACUUGAGUCCUCUUGCAAAGCACAGUCACUGGAGGUCUCUUUCCUCAAGUGAAUUCUGUAGACUGGAAUCACCUGAGGCAACUUCAUGACUUGAGAAGGUAUGAACUAGGGGUUUUUGCAAGCUCUCCAUUUUGCAUCUCAAAGAUAGGUCCCUUCUUAACCUGUUGCAUUAAGUAAACACUUUCAAGACUCUGCAGCUGUGCUGGAUUCACCUCAUAUGUACUUGAGGAUUUUGGACUCUAUCAGGAGAGUGGGAAUGGUGCUCUCCACACCACAGCCUCUACUCCUCCUGUCAAAAGCCCCCCUUGCAUACCUUCUACCCCAUCUCACAGACUUCAGUCUCAUUAGAACAUGUUGCAACUUUUGGCUAAAGAAGCUUCUUGCAUUUUGAGCAUACUCUUCAUUCACCUUGAGAUCUAUCAGGACUACUUUGUGCAUUGUUUGUAAUUGCAAUUGUUUAUUUUUUCCUGUUCUUCCUCUUAGCAGUUGUUCUCUCAUCGGUUUUAGUUUUUUAAUAGGCUCCCUCCAAGGUACAUUCACCCACGAUUGCUCCAUCUUGCUGAAUUUUUACAGUCUCACUCCCCCCAGAUGUGAAACUAUACUAAUAUAUAGAUAAUACUUUAAUUGAAAGAGAUUCCCAUGACAAGAUGGGAGAAGCAGCAACAAUUAUGGGAAGCAUUGCAUGAAGCAGAAAUUGAAAUCAGCCUGAAAAAUGUCAAGGACCAAGAAAUUUGGGUACUUGGUAGAUGCAGCCAAUGCAGUAGCUCCGCCAGACACUUUCAAGGAAUUGGAACAAAUACAGGUGCCCCCAUCAAAGAAAAAAUUAUAUGAGUUAACGGGAACUUUAGGAUAUUGGAGAAAACACGUACCUGGCUUUUCUGUCAUUGCUCGCAUAAGUGGGUCUCCAUUAUGCUUUCUUGUGUAACAUUGCAAACACUAGAUAAAAGUGAACAAGACACUUUUAAAACUUUCAGAAAAUCAUGUUUUCUGAAACCCUUUGAGCUGCUAGGCUAAGCCCUACUUUUGCUAAGCAGAUGAAUUUGAUAAAAGCUUGAUAUGGGUCUAGAUGCCUAAUUUUGUUCACAGCAGACCUGAAGUUUUCCUCUGUGACGUUGAUCUAUGUUUAUCUCUUCCUCAAUCUGAAGGCCAGUUUGUGUCACAGCUCUGGUCAAACCAGCAGUGGCCCACUGUCCAGCAGACCUUAGAAAUUAAUACCAUCCUCCUCUCUUGAGUCCUUUCCAGUGAGUAUAAGUGAGCUUGGAGGGCUAUGCAAGCUCUACCACAGCACUCCUGAAUUUAUCUUGUAGUGCCAACCAGAGCACAGUAUCCUGAUACCAAGAGAUUUGGUUCCAUUGCUACAGUCAGGACUGUAGCAUUUGAGUAGCACUUACUAAAUGCUGGAAACAAGCCUUAUAGGCUAAGAGCCUACCAAAGCCAUGCUGCAGUGUCUAAAUGCAGGCCGUGCAUUUAGUUAUGCUCCUUCUGACUGGAUGUGAAGCAUGGGAACUGUUAACCUCUUCCCUCACCCCACAAUUCAUAAAGGUGCAAACUUUUCUCCAACUGUCUGGGCGAUUACUUACCCUUGUUGUCUUACAGCAAGUAAUAUCGUGACUGUGAAAACUUAUUCCAUCCAUGAUUGUGUGUUGGUUUUUUUUAAGGAAUAUUUUUAAUUCGGACUAAAAUAAAAGACUAACAUUC